ACCUGGACUGUGGCAGGAAAGCUUUUCUCGUUUGCAAGAUUUAACAUAAGUUGUUGGAGGCUGAGAUAGAGGACUGUUUUGUCCUGGAACUAAAAAGUUGAGCCUGGUGCAAUCUGUAGGCUUUUUCUGCUUCCAUAACUUGAUCUGAGCUGCCCAGUGCGGAGCAGCGUGCUUUCCAAAUGCUGCCAUGCCCAUCAUCAGCAACGCCAACCAUGACUUCAGCAAUCUGUCCGUCAGCGAUGACAGCAGUCUCGACCGCAUCUUCACAGAGAUCCCUGAGACCGAGACCAUCAAGGGUGUGUACUACCAGAGGGCUCAGUUCAUCCGUCGGCCAGAGGACCUGGUGUCCGUCGACCACGCCCUACUGGCGGUGAUCAACGUUGGGGGAAACCGCUACACCUUCCCCUGGAGCACCCUGGAGCAGUUCCCCCUGACAAGACUCGGCCGCCUCUGUGGCUGCCGAUCACCUGAGGACAUCGCCAGGGUCUGCGACGACUAUGACGAAGCCCACAAGGAGUUCUUUUUCGACCGCUCGCCAUCCGCCUUCAGGGUCAUACUUAACUUCCUGGCUGCAGGGAAACUGCGCCUGCUGCGGGAGAUGUGCGUCCUCUCCCUACACGAUGAGCUGACCUACUGGGGGGUGGAGAUGACGUACAUGGAGCGUUGCUGUAAGAGGAAGAUGUACACACGAAUCGAGGAGAUGAACGAGCUGGAGCGGCGCGAGGAGGAGCGAAGGCAGAGAAACGCCAUACAGCGUGUGCCGGUGGAGGAGACAAGGUACAAAAAGGUGAUGAACUGGCUGAGAGAUAUGGUGGAGAAUCCGCAGUCUGGCCUACCAGGGAAGAUCUUUGCCUGCCUGUCUGUGAUCAUGGUUGCGGUGACUGUCAUCAGCUUGUGUAUCAGCACCAUGCCAGACCUCAGAGAGGAGGAGGAGAGGGGUGAGUGUUCAUCUAAGUGCCAGAACAUGUUCAUCAUAGAGACAGUGUGUGUGGCCUGGUUCUCUCUGGAGUUCCUCCUGCGGUUCAUUCAGGCCAGCAGCAAGCUGGAAUUCCUCCGGGGGCCGCUCAACAUCAUCGACGCCAUGGCCAUCCUUCCAUACUAUGUCUCCCUGGUGGUGUCCGAGGACGACCCAUCCCUGGAUCACGAGAAGUCAGGAGGAGGUAAGGGCUACUUGGACAAGCUGGGCCUGGUGCUGAGGAUUCUGCGGGCGCUGAGGAUUCUCUAUGUGAUGCGGCUGGCUCGCCACUCUCUAGGCCUGCAGACGCUGGGGCUGACGGUCAGGCGCAGCACCCGGGAGUUUGGCCUCCUCUUGCUUUUUCUCUGCGUGGCUGUCACCCUCUUCUCCCCACUGGUCCACUUGGCUGAAAGUGAGCUCACUGGCACCCAUGACUUCAGCAGCAUCCCGGCUUCCUACUGGUGGGCCAUUAUCUCCAUGACGACCGUGGGCUACGGCGACAUGGUUCCCAGGUCCAUUCCAGGACAGGUUGUAGCGCUGAGCAGCAUCCUCAGCGGGAUCCUCAUCAUGGCCUUCCCUGCUACCUCCAUCUUCCACAUGUUCUCCCGCUCCUACCAAGAGCUCAAGAUGGAGCACGACCGGUUGUUCAAAGAGGAGUGCGCGGCGGCUGCUGCAGCUGCUGCUGCCUCUGGGGAAUUGCAGGAGGCCGGAGGUGAAGGAGUUGGGGAGAACUCAGCUCCGACUGGGCUGGGAUUACGUCGAGACAAGGAGAGUGUGCAUUCACUGGAGUCUCUUGCUCUGUUAGGGAAAGGUGGCGAAGCAGCAGGAAAUAACAACCACAGCCUGCCACCAGCAGCUUUCUGAACAGUACUGAUCACAGUACCAAUCCAAAACUUACAAGAAGAUAUGAUUCCACUCUGUGUUGCACACAAUAAGUACUGCAAAUGACUAUUGCUCCAAAAGCCUCACCUUCCAUAAGGUUGUGAAGGCAUCUGUGUUGCACUGGAUUAAACUGACAGCAUUUAUUUUGCUCUGCUGAGAAUAAGUGUGCACACUGUAGACUGCACAGAAAUGGAAAGACUUUAAACCCUUUAAAUUGGACGGUCCAGUUUGUCUGACCAGACAGCCUCCGCAGCAAUAUUAGUAACCAGCUGCUUCCAUAAACAUGCAAUAUUCAAUCCAAAGUUGCUUUUCCUUCCACUGUGAACAUACUUAUAAGCCCAAUUGCAACUUUUAGUUUUAUUCUACUUUUCAAUAUAUUGCCUAAAGUAUGACCUGGAAAUUUGUCUCAUACUGAAAACUCUUUUUUUCUGUCAUAAAUUCAAAGAAGUGCUCCCUUUUAGUUUAUUUUUCAGAAGCUUAAAGCCAUGUUCGAAAAGAAAUAUAAACAGAUGGCCCAUAUAUGAACCAUCUCUAUCUCUCUCGUAUAUGUUUGAAUGCUUGGACUCAAAGAAGCUCUUCCAUAAACUCAAGGUAAACUGUGUGAAAAUACUGCAGUAGUUAUGGUCCAGAGUGUUUUUUGUUAUUUUUUAAUCAGAUGACAAUGAAGUGAGAGGAUGGAGAGAGAGAGAGAAGGAGUAUUUGUGUUGGAGAGAGAGGGUGUGUGAGUGAAAGACCAUGAGCACUAACAACCAUGAUGUGUACUUUG